AUGAUGAAAGAAAGGGGUCAGCCGAAGAAGAACAAGGUGACAACUUCGAGUGCUUUCACUAUGUUCACAGUUGAAAUUCUAGAAUCAAGUACGAAGGGAGAUGGUAAUGAUAUCGAAAAUGGUCAGGGUGAGGAAAGUAGUGAGGGGGAGGUUAUUGCGCAAACCCUAGUAAAGAAUCAUUCUCUAGAAGAAGAAGAAAAGAGUAUCCAUAAGGAGGAAAGAAAUACCGAGCUAUGGGUCGACAUAAUAAGUGGAAACCGCAUCCCAGCAAAUGCUAUGAAUAUAGAUUUUGUCGCACCAAAAAUUAUUGAAGGAGAGUAG